AUGGAGCAUCCGGACUUUCGUCUCCACCUCGGCGCUGGUUCGCCACUGGAGAAAUACCCAGCCAAACAGCACGCCCGUCGAGUCGCUGACUUCCUCGGCGUCGCGAAGGGGUUGAUCUACCUUCCCGGCGCCCCGACGGCCUACCUGGAGGACAGCGAUCAGUUUGUCCCCUUCCGCCAGCGGCGCUAUUUUUACUAUCUAACCGGCGUUGACGAGGCUGAUUGUCACUUGACAUAUGAUAUCCGUCUGGACUUCUUGACGCUCUACGUUCCAUCGCCCGGGAGCCCGCGAAAGGUCUAUUACAACGGCCGUGGCUCCACUCCCGAGGAAGCUCUGGACAAAUACGAUGUUGAUGCUGUCGACUUCUCAUACGCCGUACCCGGCUAUGUAGAGUUCUGGAUGACGCAGCAUGAAGGCGACGUCUACAUCCUGCAUCCCGACCAAGCAGUGGUGCCUGGCCACGACAAGUCGCCUCGUGUCAACUACACCAAGCUGCAAGUCGCCAUCGACGCCGCCCGUGUCCGCAAAGACCAGCACGAGAUCAAGCUCAUCCGCAAAGCCAACCAAAACGAGGCUCAAGUCGAAGCCACCUUCCUCGACACGUGUGUGGCUGCUGAUGCUAAGCAUCAAGCCUACGAAAUCAUUGCUGCCUCGGGAGAAAACGCUGCCACGCUCCACUACAUCAAAAACGAUGAGCCCUUCCAUGAUCGCCCGCUCAUGUGUCUCGAUGCCGGUUGUGAAUGGCAGUGUUAUGCAAGUGACGUGACCAGGACCUUUCCCCUUACCGGCCAAUGGCCCUCCAAGGAAUCCAAGGCAAUCUACGACCUCGUUUUGAAGAUGCAAACUGAGUGCAUCGAUGCUAUUCGACCGGGGGCAAGAUAUUUGGAUAUCCACUAUUUGGCCCAUCGUAUCCUUAUUGAUGGCCUUCUGGAACUCGGCAUUCUCCACAACGGCACUCCGGAAGACAUUUUUGAUGCUGGAACCUCACUGGCCUUUCUCCCUCAUGGUCUCGGCCAUCAUCUAGGGCUUGAAGUUCACGACGUGUCGGACGUGCCAUUGAUGGCAGGCACCGCUGAACACAUGAGCUCUGUUGUCGAUCCUGAAAUGUGCAAAGCUCUUGUCCACCCGAAUCAUCCAGCGCUUGAGGAAGGCAUGGUUAUCACGGUGGAACCGGGGAUCUACUUCAAUCGUUACGCUUUGAAUGCCGUUUAUCUUUCCAGCCCAAUCCACUCCAGAUACAUCAACAGACGAGUUCUCCAGCGUUAUCUUCCUGUUGGUGGCGUGCGCAUUGAGGAUGACAUUCUCGUCACGCAUGAUGGAUAUGAAAACCUUACCACCGCCCCGAAGGGAGAGGAGAUGUUGCGCAUCAUGCAAGAUGGCUGCGUCGAAACCCUCGACGGUGAAACCCCACGGAAACGGCAACGGCGUGCUUCAGCCACAAAGGUUAGAAAGGAAAUUCACCAAGAUUCAGUCACAAAGAGCAAGGGUAUCGAGGCAUGGUCCCAAGACGUAACUGCCGGGCCUCCUGAACCCUUUCGGAAAUCUCCAGAAUCUACGACAGCAAGCAAUGUAGUCGAGCUUGAAGGGAGUCAAGCAAGCCCGCAGACUCCCAAGCGAAGCGUGCCAGCGAGCCUUGCUGCUGCCCCUGCUUCCUUCGAGGCUUAUGACUGGCCAAUCCAUGAAGGUGCCAUUGCAGCUGAACUACCUAGCGAGCCCGAGAGAAACUCCGAGAUACAAGUGCCAGGAGAAAGCCAAGCCAGCCACUGGCGGAAGGUUCCUUCAGCUCUUGCCCGCAUGGCCUCGACUCGAUCCUUAUCCAGUCACUCGCUGCCUGAAUAUUCCCCUUCGCAAAUGUUCCAGCGCCCACGACAAGCACCUAUGCCUCCUCAAAAGCUUCCUGAACUGCCUGCGAAGCCACUAGCCUACCGCCAGAGCAUGCCCAUCAUCAUUUCGGGGUCUCAAGCGGUCAAGCCUUUGCCAUACAGGCCAUUGUGUGCUCAACCAAGUGCCCGACCUAGACCUGGACCAUCACGUUCGGCAUCUGAGCGACUUCCGGAUAAGAUGCGAUUCAGAUUGUCCGAGAGCAAUCUCCCGGCAACAGUCGCUGAGGUCGGUCAUGACGGCUCGCGGAACGAGCAAGAUCGGCAUCUGACGCACCGUGCAUCGAUUGCUAUUGGAGAGAAGUAUCCGCAGCAAGCAUACCAGCAAGAAAAUCAAUUCCAUGGCAUGGGCCCACAGGACUUUCAACCACAGCCGCCCCAAUUUUCCGCGUCCCACCAAGAGCGCAUGCACCACCUCGCGCAACAGCGGCAGAUGGCGCAGAACCAGAGGCUACAGCAAAUGAAAAACGCCAGCAAUAACAACAUUGACAAGGACUCCCCGCCGCCAGCUUCGCUAAAUCGCCCUUUGGACCCCGCGAACGUCCCACCGCCGGAUGUCGUAUCGCCGAGGCUGCUGGAACGCCCUUUGGACCUCUCAGACCUCCCGUACCACCUCUCCCUAUGUGAGAUACCAAGCCGGAUGCGUAAAGAGAGUGGGAUGCCGGAGGCAGUCUUCCCACCACUGGCCCCGCUGAAUUGCCUUUCAGACCCGAACGUCCCACCGCCGCACGUCGUACCGCCGAUCGUUCGGAAACGCCCUUUGGACCUCUCAGACCUCUCGUACCAGCUCCUGCUAACUGAGAUGCAAGACAAGAUGCGUCAAAAGAGUGGGAUGAGGAGGCCGGCUUCGGACAACGAGCGUUGGUUUUCAGACCGACCAGGUUGGCAGGACUAUUGGACGGAGCUCAAGAAAGUCGAGCAGAAACAUCGGGAGCAACAUCAGGAGCGCCUCGUUGCCCGGCAACAGCAGGAGCGCCUCGCUCUCCAGCAAACGCUGGAGGCGACCUUCUCACCGCCGGCCCCGCUGAAUCGGCCUUUGGACCCCUGGAACAUCCCACCACCCAGCCUCCCACAGCCGGACCUGCUGAAACGCCCUGUAGACCUCUCAGAUGUCUCGUACCAGCUUAUGCUAAUGGAGGUGCAAAACAAAAAGCGCAUCGCUCUGGGCGGGCCAACGCGGGCUUCGAACGACGACCUGCGUUGGUGGUUUUCGGACCAGCCAGGUUGGCAGGAAUACCAGACGGAGAUCAGGCGACUGCUGAAGCAAAAUGAAGCGGACCCCUCACGCAUUCCACGGUCGGGUGUCUUACCACCAGACCUGCUGAAACGCCCUUUAGACCUCUCGGAUCUCUGCUACCAGUUCAAGCUAACAGAGAUGCAAAACAACAGCCGCAUCGCUCUGGGUAGGCCGAGGCGGGGUUCAAAUGACGACAAUUUUUGGUUUUCGGAGCUACCUGGUUGGCAGGAGUACUGGACGGAGCUUAUGCGACUUAACCAGGAAAAUACGGAGCGCAUCGCUGCCAUGCAGGACAUACAGAUGCCACUCGAACUACUCGAGCAGCAAAACAGGAAGCGCUUAGAGAUGGCCAGGCAAGAGCAGCUGGCUCGGGAAAACGGAGCCUUGGAAAGGCAGGACUACCAGAUGCAGCUCGAACUGCUCGAGCAGCAAAACAAGAAGCGCUUGGAGAUGGCCAGGCAAGAGCAGCUGGACCGGGAAAAUGGAGCCUUGGACAUGCAGACGCAGCUCAAACUACUCGAGCAGCAAAACAAGAAGCGCUUGGACAUGGCUAGGCAAGAGCAUAGGGAGGAGCUGGCUCGGGAAAACGGAGCCUCUAACCCUGAAGAGAGGCCAGCCCAGCCGACGUCAUCAUCGCCUUCGCCGAGUUCGUACUACACGGCAGGGUUUGAUAUGAAGUAUUGA